UAAUAUGCUGCGCAGAAAGCCCACCCGUCUGGAAUUGAAGUUGGAUGACACUGAGGAGUUUGAGAGUGUCAAGAAAGAGCUUGAGAUUCGGAAAAAGCAGAGCGAUGAAGUGGAUGUUGUUGGUGUGGCUACGUUUAGUAACAUGGUGGAGGCCAGCGUUGGAACAGGGGAUGGGAAGACACGGGACCAGAUGAUCAACGAGAGAAUAGGAUACAAGCCCCAUCCUAAACCCAACACCUUGCCCUCACUCUUUGGAAACCUGCAGUUUUAGGUUCCUAAUGGGCACAUUAACGAGACUGCUCAAACUGUUGGUGUGUGGAUGGCACAGUAACAAUGCUAUUGACAUGGUCAGGGAUACUUGUGUGCUUGCCUGAGAUCAGAAUUCUUUCCACAAAGAAAUGUGUAGUUUGAGGAUCACGUUUAGCUUAUAACACACAUCUUCUAAAGUAAUGUUGUUGCAUUUACCUGAAAUGUUAUGACUUGCGAUGCAAAGCAUGUGGCCUUUGUACAAUAUGUUUAAUGGGAGCUGUUGUAGUGGUUUCCCUCCUUUAUUACAAAAAUCCAGACUUGGUACUCCCAGGAAGGUGAAGGUAGCAUCUUUGGGGCAAGAUGGAAUGGACUUCAUAACUAAUCGGUUAUUACUUACAAUGGUAUGAUUGUAGUUUUAUUGGCCUUCAAGGAUGCAUUAUGAGAAUGCAACAGAAUCAAACAUACAGUUCUUGAAUGAUACCAUUUAUUACUUGUUUUCUCUAGAUGAUUACAGCACUGUAAAUACAUCAUACUAUACAAACAUGUCCGUGGACUUAACAGUCCAGGUAAUGUUCACACUGUUGCUGCGCUGGAGUGGCAGUCAGAUUCCCACUGCUGUUUUGGCCCAUUAACUUCAACGCUCAAUUUGUACAGUAGACUAUAAUAAUAAAUCAUCUUUAUACAUGA